AUGGGUAAAGACGCUGUUGACCAUACGAGCAGUGCAGCUCCCCCAGCUGGGGAGGAGAAGUGCCCCCUCUCAGAUGAGCAAAGGGAGCAGUGGUUGCGGAUGCACUCUAGAGAGCAGCCCACUGAGAGUGACCCAGCACCACUCUCUGAGGACCGCCAACUGAGCAGCAUCCCGAGGACAGAUACAGGUAAGAACUGGGUGUACCCUUCCGAGAAGCAGUUCAGGGACUCCCUUCUGCGGAAGGGGAAGAACGCGGUGCCGUUACCCGCCACCGGGGGCAGCAGCGGUGGCGGCGGUGCACCACCGGGGGCAGACGACGCCGUGUACCGCUCGAUCAUCCCGAUCCACAACUCUGUCAACGAGCGCGUGUGGCGGUGUAUCCGCGAGUGGGAGUCCCCUGGGGGGGGGCUCCGCGGCGGAGGGGCGGCUGGGCCCGGCAGCGGUGACAUCACGCUGACCUCCUUCAAGGGCGAUUUCCGGAAAUGGACGCCGCGGGCGUGGAUCCGGCACUACGUGUUCCGCAUGUCCAGGCCAUUUGACAGGCACGACUGGCUGGUGCACCGAACGCAGAGUGGCAGAUCACUCGAGUACGUCAUCGACUUCUACUACGCAGACUCUGGGCGCUCCAACGUCCCAGAAGUGGUACUGGACGUAAGACCGAAACUCAACUCUUGGGAGGGGGUGAAGUUGAGGGUGAAGCACUGGUUCAAGUAA